UGUCCGUUCAGCACCACCGCGCCGCGCCCCAGCGCAGGGACCGCGCCAAAGCGCACCAGCUCAGCUCCCGCUCCUGCUCCGCGGGCGCCUGAGGCGUGGGUUCCUGCCUCUCUCGGAGGGUGAGGGGCGCGCGGAUCCGGAGACGGGGGCUCCAGAGCGUUGGGGCCACGCAGCCACCUGUGAGCCUCCCGCAACUGCGGACGACGGCAGAGUGCAGGGCCGGAGACUGGAGGAAACGCUGGGUGGACCCCGCCCGCUGGCCCGCCGGGCGCACACACAGGCGCACACACACUCGCACCCGCGCGCACACGCACAGCCAGCCGGCAGCGGACACCGCUGAGAUGCUCGCUAGCAGGUCGUGCAAGUUUCCCGCCGGCCUCGGCCGCGGGCGCCGAUGCUCCCAGGUGUAGCGCCCCCGCGCGGCGCGGGCUGCAGGGCAUCUCCAGCAUGACCGGCCAGAGCCUGUGGGACCUGUCGGAGGCCAACGUCGAGGAUGGGGAGAUCCGCAUCAAUGUGGGCGGCUUCAAGAGACGGCUGCGCUCGCACACGCUGCUGCGCUUCCCGGAGACGCGCCUGGGCCGCCUACUGCUCUGCCACUCGCGCGAGGCCAUUCUGGAGCUCUGCGAUGACUACGACGAUGUCCAGCGUGAGUUUUAUUUCGACCGCAACCCCGAACUCUUCCCUUACGUGUUGCAUUUCUACCACACCGGCAAACUUCACGUCAUGGCCGAGCUGUGCGUCUUCUCCUUCAGCCAGGAGAUUGAAUACUGGGGCAUCAACGAGUUCUUCAUCGACUCCUGUUGCAGCUACAGCUAUCACGGUCGCAAAGUGGAACCUGAGCAGGAGAAGUGGGACGAGCAGAGUGACCAGGAAAGCACCACAUCCUCCUUUGAUGAGAUCCUGGCCUUCUACAACGACGCCUCCAAGUUCGAUGGGCAGCCCCUGGGCAACUUCCGUAGGCAGCUAUGGCUGGCGCUGGACAACCCUGGCUACUCAGUACUGAGUAGGGUCUUUAGCAUCCUGUCCAUCCUGGUGGUGUUGGGGUCCAUCAUCACCAUGUGCCUCAAUAGCCUACCAGAUUUCCAAAUCCCCGAUGGCCAAGGCAAUCCUGGUGAGGACCCCAGAUUUGAAAUUGUGGAGCACUUUGGCAUUGCCUGGUUCACAUUUGAGCUUGUGGCCAGGUUUGCUGUGGCCCCCGAUUUCCUCAAGUUCUUCAAGAAUGCUCUAAACCUUAUUGACCUCAUGUCCAUUGUCCCAUUUUACAUUACUCUAGUGGUGAACCUGGUGGUGGAAAGUACACCUACUUUGGCCAACUUGGGCAGGGUGGCCCAGGUCCUGAGGCUGAUGCGGAUCUUCCGCAUCUUAAAGCUUGCUAGACACUCCACUGGCCUCCGCUCUCUGGGGGCCACCUUGAAAUACAGCUACAAAGAAGUAGGGCUGCUCUUGCUGUACCUCUCUGUGGGAAUUUCCAUCUUCUCUGUGGUGGCCUACACUAUUGAAAAGGAGGAGAAUGAGGGCCUGGCCACCAUCCCUGCCUGCUGGUGGUGGGCUACAGUCAGUAUGACCACAGUGGGUUAUGGGGAUGUGGUCCCAGGGACCACAGCAGGGAAGCUGACUGCCUCUGCCUGCAUCUUGGCAGGUAUCCUUGUGGUAGUACUGCCCAUCACCUUGAUCUUCAAUAAGUUCUCCCACUUUUAUCGCCGCCAAAAGCAACUUGAGAGUGCCAUGCGCAGCUGUGACUUUGGAGAUGGAAUGAAGGAGGUCCCUUCUGUCAAUUUAAGGGACUAUUAUGCCCAUAAAGUUAAAUCCCUCAUGGCGAGCCUGACGAACAUGAGCAGGAGUUCACCAAGUGAACUGAGUUUAAAUGAUUCCCUACAUUAGCUGGGAGGACUUGCUAUCCUCAAACCCACAUUGCUGAGCUGCCUCUUGUGCUUCUGGCACAGUACAGGCACCUUAAGGUUGUGGCGUAAGGAGUCUGCGCAACCCCAGAGGGGACAGAUGCAUGGGAUAUGCAUCCCCGGUUGCUUUUGCAGUGUUUAGAAUCAUUUUUAGAGGGUGGUGUGUCUGACACCAUGCCUUUGCACCUUUCAACGAAAUGACACUCACUGGUCUUUGCAUCGUGGGCAUAAAAUGUUCAUCUUUCUGCCAGAUGAGUACCCAGAAUGCCAAUUUCUCUGUCCACCAUGUACACUAUUCUAGUGCUUGUGCCCUGGUAUUAUGUGUGAGUUCUUUGUGUUCCUGUUUCUGAGAUUGUUGUGUGAGUUCUAUACAAAAAGUCCCCUCAAAUCUGUCCAGUGGAAACGUAUCUAUCUAUGAGGUCAGCAAGGAUAUCAUGAGAUUUUGCUCACAGUCAUGUGAAAAAAACCUCAGUUGUUUAUCCCUUGCUUUCAUUUAGUUUUAAUACCAAAUCAAAGAGAAUGCAAAGUUAAGCACACAGGACCAAUGCAAGCCUGUGAGUUGUUUUUCUAAAUAUCUGUAGCUCUGUGGCUUGCAUGGGUGUACCAAACAUUUUUAGAAAGAUAUAUACUGAUGUUUGUCUUGUAAAUGUCACUCUUUGGAGAAUGUUACUGUUAAACAUGUAGUGAAGAUAAGUUUAUUUUUCCCAAAGAAGACAUACAUUAGGGACAGGGACUUCAGCUGAACAUAGGCCAAUUCCCAGGAUGCUUAAAUCUGAGUCCGAGAGUCCAUGCAAUCUAAGCUCUAUCAUUCAUGGCUAGGCCUCCCUCUUUCCUAGGGUGAUCAUAGAGACAUUUAUUUCUGGCUGAGGUAGGUUCCUGGUCUAAGCCAUUUGACCAAAGUUUGCUGUGUCUUAGAUAUUAGCAUGUUUUUGAAAUAUUUAAUUUUUAAGACAUUUAAGAAUUAGGUUAUGUUGUCUUUCUCAGCCUAGAAGAGGCUUACUGUCGUAUUGUCUCCCCGAGGGGAACAUUACUAGGUUGCUAGCAAGAGCAGUAGCUUAAAUACUUUUGUUGACUGCUCUAAAAGCUCAUAAAAUAAGAGCCCUUUUAAUUCCAAGCAGAAUUUGCCCAGAUAGUUUUGCUUCUAGGAUAUAGUACAUUGCAUUUGAUGUUAAGGUUGCCCUGAAUUCCUGCCAUGACAUGGUGAUAUAGAAGUGUAUACUCAAAAUUUAGAUGGGCAUGAAGACAGUGUGGCUUACCCAGGAUGGAAACACUAAAGUUUUAUUUCCAUUCCAAUUGCCAUUUAUUGGGAGAGGGUGGGUAGAGGCCAGGCAAAAGCUAUAAAUCAAAAAAUUUCUACUUCAUAAAAUGUCAUAAAUAAUUGUAAACUUCUUGAAUAGCAUAAGGCUAUUUAAAAGACCUUUAAACUGCUAAGCUUGUAUUGUAGGGAGACUAUCAUUUUCUUCUCCAAAACGCCCUACCUCCUCUUUAGUUAACCAGCACAUGACAUUGAGAAGGGGAACCUGGCCCCUUUGUAAGAUAAUCCUUUUCUGUCAUCUUCUAGGUAAUCUAAUGGUUUUCCAGGUGGCUUUCGUUAUAGUUCAGUCUUCUGCAAGACUGUAGAAUCCAGGAAUCUAAGCAGGAAGUUAGGCAGGCUUUUAUCCAAAGCUUGGGCCUCCCCUUAUGAGGUCCAUUUUGUGUUUUAGUAGGUUGAGGAUAAUCCAUACUUCACAAGAGUGUGGAAAGGAUAUUCUCAAAGGUCUUUGUGUACUUGUAGUUGCCAUAGCUACUGCAGUGUGGGCGAUUUGUUGGUUGAAUACAUAGGCCAGUUAUGCCCUUGAGCCUCCAGUUCAAAUCCUUCCAUCAGACUGAAGUCUCAUGGUGGGGGCUUGGGGGAGAGGUGGCCAUGUGCAGAUGUGCCUAUGUGCACAGAGUGCCUAUGUGCAGAUGUAUAUACGUUUCUUAGAAGCAUCAGGAAAGGGGAGAUGACUUAAAGACAACAGACCAGUGAGUCAGAAGAGCAGGGUUAUUUUUUCAGAUUUUACACAUGGAAUUUUUGGCUUUGGAUGUUGUUUUCCAGUCCUGGGGGGCAGAAAAUUUACAAAAUCAUCCCAGCUGCACUGCAGGCAGGUGAUGGUACAAACUUAUGAGUACUGUCACAAGUAUGUCAGGGUUGAUGGUAUCGGGUCACUGAGUGUGGUAUCCAUGGUCACUGACCAUAAAGCUGUGCAAAGUGGAAACAAGGAAGGAGGCAGAAUAACUCAGUCACUCUCCUGAGGAUCUUUCCAAACAAGCAGUUUUACCACCAAAAGAGAUAGAGAGAGAGAGAGAGAGAGAGAGAGAGAGAGAGAGAGAGAGAGAGAGAGUUUUACCACCCUUAGUGGUUACCUUUGCAGAUAUGAAAAGCUGGAAAACUUGACUUUUCUUUUUGGUAAUGACUUGCAUUUAUCUGGUGCCUUUCUUUGGGGGAAUCCCAAAAUGCUUUAGAGACUGUGUUUUUAACAUCUCUUGUACAUACAUAUAUAUAUAUAUAUACACACACACACAUAUAUACUUGUAAAAAUAUUCCUUUGCCUACUGGGAUCUUCAGUCACUUUUCAGCUUAAGAAUAUCUCAAUAGUAUUAAGUUUUCCAAAUAGUGGUUUCAAAUAACUGAGAGAUAAGAACUCAGAUGGCUUGAACACUGCAGUGAAUUCCCACAAUAGAUGGAGACUAAACUAUGACCAGGGAACCCUCCCCUCCCCCAAGGUCCCAUUGAAAUGAGCUGUCUCAGAGACAAGGUGUUUGAUUGACCUUGCUAGAUAACUCGGCCUCUUUGUAGCAAUUUCUUCUGGUCCCAGAAACUAAUCAGGGAGGUUAAUUUUCUGCACCACUCUUAGCAAGCAUGAGAUGACAUGUUUGGCCACAAAGCUAUCAAACUGAUCUGUAAACCUUCUUUAGGACAAAGUAGAAAUGCUAUGACUCAUUUCCAGCUGUUGGCUUGAGAGCGGCAUCACUUCCACCAUUUGAAGAUGGUUCUUUUCAAAGAACAUUGGGACAAAUAUUUGGGCCAGGGUUUUCUCACAAUAUAUGGGACAAGCUUUUUGAAAGGCCUAGGUUGGGAAGUGAUACACAUUUAUUGCAUGAAUGCACAUUGGUCAUAGGUUUGUGUUUUCCACCAAAUCCCCAUGUUUUCUGGGUUUGCUGUUGAGGAGGGGCAUGUUGUAAUGCCAAGCUGAUUUGUAGCUCAUCAGGUAGUAAUUGGUAUUUAAUAUUUGGAUUUGUUAUUUCUACUUAUCUUAGUACUCAAAUAAUGGAACCACCUGCUAAUUCUUGCCUCGUUUCCAAGAAAAUGAUUUGUUAUGCACUUUGGGAUAGCAGCGGUCUAUAUGGGCUGUGCAGUGUCUACUUGAAGGCUUAACUGGUAUUUCUUGUAUGUUUUAACAGCAUGACUUGUUACAGAGUUGUAAUUUUAAAUAUUGAGAACGCUGUAUUUGCAAUGUCAGUUUUAACACUCAUUAACACACUACUGUGCAAGCAUCGAGGCGGGCUCUGCUCAACCAUUAUGUCUGAUUGCUACACUUCAGUUUCUGCGCCUCGACUUGGGAAUCAGGAGAGUGGCCAACACACUCAGGACUCCAGGCUUGCAAAGAAUGCAGAUUAAAUAGGAAAGUGUUUAUGCUUCCUUGAGGCCCUUCUCUUACAUAUGGAGUGGCAAACACAGCUGGGGACUGGAUUUCCUGUAGAAACCUGGGUUUUUUCCAGCAAUGAUUGGGAAUGGUUGGUUGUCUGUCCUUCAGGCAGAUAGUGGUAUGGUCCCUUUCUUUCCAGGAUCAAGAGCCACUAGAGUGCUUGGCAGAAGGAAUGGUCAUGUAUUCUUGGAGUCCUAGUAAACCAGAGGUGCCUGCAGGAUUCCCCCUGCACUGUCCUGCUCGGUACCUUUGCUGGCAGCUCUGCCAUCCUGGGUACCACUCUUCCUGCUACUGAAGUAGCUCCUGGUGGUAAAUUGGGUACUGGGUAACCAUAGUUUCUUGCCUUGUUAGGUGUAAAUACUGGUGGGAAUUCCUGGAGCCAGCUCUCAGCUCUACUUACCCAGAACUUAAGAAUCUGAGCCUUACUGAAGGCUGCAGGGAACCCAGAGGAAGGGUGCUGGGCUGACUGGCCUCCAUAACUAUUUGCCUCUCUGAGCCUCAUGUUGCACAGCUGCAAAAUUAAGAGAUUGGAUUAGAUGGUCUUUAUGUCCCUGCCCACUUGUUUGCUUAAAUGUAAAAGCAGAAUUUUGCAUGCUUCCCUAUGUUCUCAUGACAGCAGUGAGCAGUUUCUGAUGUAUCUAACUUAUUUUUAAGCAGAGCAGAGGGACUGCUUACAAACAACCUCCUAUUUGGCAUCAUUUUUCUCUUCAGCAGGCAGCCACAAUAGAAGACAGUUUUAGGGACAACCGUAUCAGAGAAAUGCUUGGGCUGAUUCUGUUCCAAGUGAAUAGAGUUUUAAAAAUCAUCAGCAAUUGUCUCCUUUGGGCUUUAUAUUAUUUACACCUAAUCUGAAUUCCUGCUAUUAAAUAUCAUCAGGCAGAGAAGAAAAUCAUGCCGAUCCCAUUUGGUUUUAGGGCUAACUGCUCACUUUUGUUUGUCACUCUGUGAUGCCUGGCAGAAUCCCCAUUCCCAUAAGAUUCUUGGGUUGCACCAGUCCCCUAAGUGUACAGGGCAGAAGACUAUCCCUAUCCCACACUUAACUCACACUGCUGAGCAGGGGAAUCCACAGCGUCCUCUGCCUAAGCCAAGGCUGAGAAAGGACACGUGGGUACAUGUGCAGCACUGAGAAGGUUCUGGAACCUUACCAUAACCGUUGCAUCUCCAUCAAGUGGAUGUGUUUCAUCACCUCCCUCUAGCAGGGGUAUAAACAGAUGUGAGGGUUAUUUUGGGGCCAUGAGGCCUUGCAUCUUAAAAGGAGAAGCAAACACCUCCUCUAGAAGGAAGAGCUUAAGCACAGCACUCACGUGGUUAUUGUGUCCUUUUCUUUACAGGAGAACUUUUAACUAGCACUUCAGGCCAAGGACUUGACAUGGGUGUCACAUCCCAUUGAUAACUGCAGAUCUGAAAAGUUGCCAUGCUUUCCUCCUCCUGUGACCUCAUUUAUCACUAACACUGUCCUCCUGGCUAGAUUCUCCCAAGCAGAUGACUAGGUCAGCAGCUGACAAGCUGAUGCAAUUGGAAAGACAGAUACAAGCCCAGCCUCAAAGACCUGGCUGAGGGGCAAGAGGCAGGGCGAGGGAGAGAGGGCAGGCAUGCCUUGGAGCUGGUGUAAGUUCCUACUGAAGGAAAAGGGGAUAGGAAGGAGCCAGGAAAAGGAGGGAGUGGAGAAAAAAAUACAGGAGAGAGUGAAAAAGAGAAAAGGCAGAGAAGAGAGAAGGGCAAGAGCAGAGAGUAAGUCAGGGAGAGGCAAUUUUAAUGAUGUUCUUUUAGGCCUUCUUUCAAAUUUAUUGUGUUUCCAGUGAACACAGGCCCCCAUGGCUUCCUGCGAGGUAACAACUGCUGGAUCACUCUCCCCUUCUCCUCCAAGAGCCUCUCCUCUCCUCCCACCUAGCCUAAGGUUUCCAUGGAAUAGAGGCCAUGGAGAAUACUGAACACAUUUUGGGUGAAGAGGGUUGUAAGGACACAUGGAGAGGAGGGGUGGCUCUCUGUGAAGAUGGGACUCUGGACUCUGAACAGGGAGGGAGCCGGGUGUUGGUCAGACAGAGGAUGAAGGUGGGAGUCAAGGAUGGCGAGAUGGAGGGCAGAGAACAGGAGGAGAGCUCAUGGUCCCUCCAUGAGCAGGGACCACCACAAACCAAAGCCACAAAGGCAGAAGCAGCCCAGCACAUAGGAGAAACAUCCAAGUCAGUGUGGCUGAAAAGAAGCCUGAACAAAACCAUCUAAAAUGCUUGAGCUGCAUUCUUUUGUCACUGGGUGGGACCUCCUGACUAGAUUUAUGAUAAUAGAAUGUGACUGGCAGCAGCUUGGUAGCGUAGGAAGGAGCCUAACCCUCCUUGAGGUCACGGCCUUAGUGCAGGCCAGAUUCAAAGGGAGAGAGGUGGGGAGGAAGGUGCAGGCAGGUUGACCAGCAGGCCUGCAUCAGGACAGGGUGAUGGGGGCAGACAGAGGGACAGGAAGGGCAGCUUCUGGGUUCGGGCUGGAUUGGUAGCUGGGUGGAUGAUGGUGUGGAGAGGCGAAGGGAAAUCUUAGAUCCCUCCUUGAACCUGCAAGAAGCACAGAUGGAGGUGUGGGGUGAGCAGACGGAGGCCUGGAUGAGUCAUUGGCUUAGAGAUGGAAGCUGAGGCCACGGGAGCAGGACAGGGGCAAAAACAAGAAAGAAAAGCACCCAUUUCAGAAGACAGGUAUUUGAGGGACAGCCAGAGGAAGAGUGGGCCCCAAGACCUGCACAGCCUUCCUUUCCCAGAGAAGCGCCAGUGUGGGUGAUCACCACGGGGGCCUGGGCUUUCCUCUUCAGCCAUUUCCUUAUUUUAUCUCUGUGAUUGGCUUCUGUUCCUGCCUCUCCUGCAAAACUGCUCUCUUUGAUGGUCAGUGCUUCCCUAAUAGAUAAGUGCAGUCGCCUGUCCUCGGUUCUCAGUUCCCAAAUUCUUUAACCACAUAGGUGAAUCUCUAAGUUCUCUCUCACCCCCUUCUCUGAUUUUUGGGCCCCGCACGCUGUUGGCUCUACUGGUUUUUCAUUCUCCUCUUGACUUUCUCCAUCCCCCACAGUUCUGUCACACAGCCUGCAGUGUUCUUCAGCCACACCCAAACUCUGCUAGGAUGUGAAUGAAGCCCACCUCUCCUCCUGGCCCCAUCUCACUCCUGGGCCCCUUGCCUGAGUUACCUAUGUGUAUUUGGAAGUCACCAGGGUAACGUGGGACUUACCACCUUCAUUCCAAACUGUCUCCUGACUUCUUCCUCACUUCUGUUAAUGGGACCACAGUGCUCCCAGCCACUUAGGGUAAAAUUUCUGUCAUUUUUAACUCUCCCCCAUCCCCCAUUUAUUUAGCCUUUUUUUUUCUGCCACAGCAGUCAUUUGCCAACAGCUGCCUAACUGCCCAGUACCAUACUAGAUUUGAGGGAAGUAAAUGGAAGGAUGUUAUUCACGGUCAUUAAGCAAUAUAGACUUUAGAGUCACUUGGCAUCAAAAUCAUCUGGGGAGCUUUCAGCAAAGUCAAUCUCUGGAUAUCACCCAUCUAUAAAAUCAAACUCUUGUGUGGGAGCAGAAAUCUGUAGUUAAAAAGCAGUCAGGUGCUGGGGAUCAGAGCCAGGGUCUCAUGCAUGCUAGGCAAUCACUCUUCCACUGAGCUACAUCCCCAAAUAUCCCAGGUGAUUUUUCUUUUGUUUUUUAGUUAGGAUCUCACUAAGUUGCUGAGGCUGGCCUUGAAAUUUUGGUCCUCCUGACUCAGCCUUGGAAUCAUUUGGGAUUAAUUUAGGAUUACCUGCAUGAACCUGCACCACAACUGGACAAGGUGAUUUUGAAGCAGGUGGUUUUCAGACCAUGCCUGGAGAAAUGCCAUCUAGGGGUGCCCCUUCACUGUCCGGGCAGUUUCCCUCAUUCCCAUACACACUGGGCUUCAGGUCUGACCAAUGAUUUCAUCAGAGCACUGCCGCACCUGGGCCCAUGGUAUCCAUUCUAAAGACUCUCCCUAGGCUUCAAUCCUUAUUAACUUGUGUUUUGUAAAUUCCCCACAGACUCAUGUCUAGGUCUGCCCCAACUGAUUCUUCCUUUAUUACAUCGUUUACCAACCCCAGAGUUUAUCUUUCCCCUUUCAGCAUCUUAGACCUACUGGUGACUUCUUUGGCCACUACUGGUGUUUAUGUUAAAUACAACCACAGAUAUGAAGGGUUAGGAAUGAAAAAGUGGAAAAUCCACAUGGGCCCAUUAAAGGCCUAAGACAGAGAAAAGGGCCUAUUUAGGAAGGAGGUGCCUUUCAAUGGGGCAACAGGGGCAGGCCACAGAGUUAUGAGAGGUUUGUAGCAAGGGACACACAAAGUUGACAGCCCAAAGGGUCUGGUAAUAUGAAUGUUAGAUGAUCAGAAUCCUCACCCCUUCAUGGGUGGCCAGUUCUGAAUCCCAGACUGACAAUCUCUCAAAGGGAUGUGGGCUGUCCAGAGGUCCCUGAACACCUAGGAAUGUGGCCUGAGCAGACUGACUGGGUGAUGUGGCAGAAACAGAAUUGGGGUUCUUGGGGAGGGUUUUUGCACUCAAAACUCUUUUCAUCGCCUACAUCUCCAGACAUUUAAAGAAUUCUGAGCUAUUUUCAGACCUACUAUGAAAAGAACCGAGGUGUCAGCAGUCAGACACCCGUCUAACUGUUUCCUAAGAGUGGAGCUGGCACGACUCACUUUUGAUCUGUCAGCCUUCUAUCGACUUUUCUGGCAAACUUUGUGAGUCUGUCAGGGCUGACUCUACAGGGAGCAGCUGAAUUGUAAUCCAGUGUGUUCAGGGUCAGUUAUUACAAAGGUCACCCUCAUGGGGAUGUAUUCUGCAUUUCUUUUUGUGGAAAAUGUGGGAGGAGAGGAGGGAAACAACCGUGCAGAGAAACCAGGGUGUCCCUGGGCUUUCCCUCUGGCUCCUACAGAGAAGCCAAGCAGCUUUCUUUAUGUCUUCCUUGGAUUUGAGGACUGCUUUUAAAAUAAGGAGCUGGUGGGAACAAACAGAGCUCCAGAAGUAAACCAAUUCUACUCUGGCCUUCACUCUGCCCAGGAACUUGAGAGCCAAUGAGUUGAGGCUCAGAAGGAGGAUGGUGAUGUUCUAUGUGCAGCAUUUAAAUAUAUUGCUAUGUAAUUUUCCAAUUAUAAAGCAUGAGCUCACUGAUUAUUCAAUAACUUCCCUAUUUUUUAAAAACCUGUGUGUGUGUGUGUGUGUGUGUGUGUGUUUAAAGCCCUCUUAUGAUUAAAAAAAAAAAUUCCAGCCAACCCAAAAUCUCUUGACCUUCACAUUUGCCUGGGCUUCUCUGCCUUCAGUGGAAUAUGCAAACGUGUGUCAAAGCUUUAGAACUAGCAAGACUUUUCUGAGUCUGAGGGACUGGUUUGUGCUGAUAUUUCAGGGAAGAGUUUGAUGCUUGAAAACUGGAAUGUGCAGAUGUCACAUAUUCAAUGAGACUGGAGCACAGGCCUCAGCAACACUGCCUGCAGAGCAACCAAGAGGCAGAACUACUUCAAACAAGAGCCAUUGUUUACUGGGUGCAAAGCCAUUGGCCACACCCUGUACAAAGAUGCAAUGGGAAUGACUAUCCCCUGACACCCCGGGCCCCCAGCCUCCAAUGGGAGCCAUUGGGUGAAAAGGCACCUCAGAUGGCCUUUCAGGAGCAGGUUUAAUAUGUCACAGAAGGAUACGUGCCCGUGUUUGUGUGUGUGCACAUGCCUGAGAGUCUCUGUGCAUGUAUGUGUCUGUAUUGGUCUCUGUGUGUGUCUAUGUGCCCGUGUGUUUCUAUCUGUGUAGCCACACACAUGUGCUCGAUUGCUUUGUGUGUAUCUGUGUGUGUGUCUUUGUAUGUAUGUACUUAUAUGUGUGUCUCAGUGUCUAUGUGAAUCACUGUGUUUGUCCAUGUGCCAAGCUAUAUGUUUGAAUCCAUUUGUGCCUUUGUGUGUGAACAUGGGGGUGACAGGAGACAGGGCAGCCAUACCCUUUGGGAGAAGGGGGUGGAAACAGCUGUUCUCCGGGGCUCCCGUGAGACGUUACUUCCAUGGAGAGGCUUCCUCUGAGCCAACAGAAUUUAAACUACAUUUUCUGCCACCCAGUGUCUCUCCCUUAUGUUGUCUUAUGGCAUCGGCUCCUUUUCUUUCUUAGGCAUUAUAGUAAUUUUUCAUUUGUGUUAGUGGGUAAUGUCUGUCAUCCCCACUGGUCUGGAAGCUACUUGAGUGCAGAAAUGUUUAUCUCCAGUGCCCAGGACAGUGCCUGGCACAGAGUAAAUGCUGACAAAUGACAAAGGAACCAAGGACAGGGGGCUGUCUCAUUGCUAUGACCCUGGGUAAAUUGCAUGGCCCUGGGGAGCCAAUUUAACCCGCAGCACAGCUGAAGCGAGGGUGGGGAGGCCUCUGUAAAAAGUUUGCACUGCACUGACAUUUUUAGCAAACCUUCCCUGCUGGAGACCUGUGAUAUGCUGGUCAAGCAAUGCCACCAACAAUGAGAUGGCAAGGAACAGCCUUCCUAUGAGACCCAAUUCCAAAUGAGCACUGGGACUGAGGAAGUCUUGCCAGAUGUUCCCAUUGGGUAAUGACUAAUGUGGGAGCCAGUUUACAGGUGAAUCAUGUCAAAAGGAAUAUACGCACCUAAUUCCUUUGGGGCAGGGUCCAGCAGAGAGUGUCCAUGUUGUCAGGCUUUAGAGCAGAGGUCACUAGAUGUGCCCAUAGUUGGAAUGGUAAGUAUCACUUGUGCUGGUUAGAGAAACAGUCUUAACAUUAAUUAAUAUUUCAUUGCUUGUCUUCCAGAAAAACAAAACACAAAAACCAAAUGUGAGCCCUUUAUUUAAAGGUCUCCUCUUUGUGACAAGCUAAGCAGAAUGUGGUCUGCAUACUGAUUUGGUCCUGCAGUUUGCUGGCUGGAACUCCAAUCCAGCUGGUAGGGCAUGUGCUGGUGCGGGAAGAGCAACUUACAGUGUGCACAAGUCCCCCCUGCGCUGGCUGUGAGAUGUGAGGCAAGACAGGCACCACUCUGGCCUUCACUGAGGCGGUAACGCAGAGCUAGGGCUUAUAGGGGGAGCAGGGUCAUCAGAGGGAAGAGCCCUGUCAGAUUCCUAAGAACAGGACCAGACAGGACCAGGGACAGCUGCUGCCAGCUUCAAACUCCACUGGGACAAGCUACACCAAACUGAAGGCUGAGAGAGGGCUUGGGAGGCUGCUGGGAGGGUGGAUGGUGGGGCCUUGGGGUGAUGGAAGGAAUCUAGACCUUGCAAAUGUAGGAGGCACAGCCAGAGGCCGAGAGCCCCAGGCAUAGGCUGUUGGGAGGCGGUUAUAGUUUCUAGACUGGCAGUCUUCAGGCAAAUUUAUUCUAUUUCAGUUUUUUGAAAUUUAUUUUCUUUUAAUUUAUUUUUCUAAAUUUUUUUAAAAUAUAUUUUUUAGCUAUAGAUGGACACAAUAUCUUUAUUUUUAUUUGUUCAUUUUUAUGCCGUGCUGGGGACCAAACUCAGGGCCUUAUGCAUGCGAGGCAAGCGCUCUACCACUGAGGUACAACCCCAGCCCCUCUAAAUUUUAAUUGUGAUAAAAUAUAUAUAACAUAAAAUUUACCACUUUGAGUGCACAAUUCAGUGGCGUUAAGUCUAUUCAUAUCGUUGGGCAACCAUAUUCACUGUCUCUUGACUUUUUUAUUAUCCCAAAUUAAAACUCUGCAUUCUUUAAACCACAUAACCCCAUCCUGCCCAUAUUUUGUUUAUGUGUAUGUGUGUGUGUGUGUGCACACACGCGUACAGUGUAAAAACCUCGCAGAAAUUUUCAUUAAAAUUCUAGGUCAGAUAUUUACUAGCCGCAUGAAUUUGGUUAAGUAAUACCAUCUUUAAAGCAUCUGUCUUCUUAGGUCAAGUAUAUAGAUGAUAAUGUCAUGUUAAUAGUUAAUAUUCACUAACUACUAUUUCAAGAGCUUCCCAUGUGUUAACUUUUUUACCAUAUCUAUAAAAUAGGUCCUAUUAUUAUUCCCUGUGGUAGAUGAGUAAUCUGAAGCAUAGAGAGUAACUAGCCCAAUGUCACACAUAACAUGUACCUUAUAGGAAGGACCGUUGUAAAGAAAGUGACAGGCAUGGAGCUGGUUCUUAGACCUGAGGUUCCCAUUGCCCUUUCCAGGAAUCCUUACUGGGAAUGGUGUACACAGUCUAUGUAAUAAGAGUUUUUGUUUUUUUUUUCUGUCAGGCAAUGCAUUUAUAGUCAUUGUUUCAUUUUAGCCUUUGACCCAGUACUAGGAUGUAGAUAUUUUAAAUGUAGUUUUAAGGUACAGUAAUUUACAAGUAAUAGUUGAAUGCAUUUGUUAUUAAAAAUUAAAAUCUACAUAAAAAAUUUACUCAAAACACACAUGGUCACCACCCUUCAAUAUCUGUCCCCUACUUCGAAUAACUGCUAUUGCUGCAUUGGUGUACGUCCUUCCAGAGUUUUUCUACAAAUUUACAUAUCUCUAUACCUGGAGAAUGGGGAAGUGGUUUUGUGGGUGGCUUUAUUCUGGAAACUUCUUAACAUUUUUCAGAAAUUUUCCAUAACUUUUUAUAAAGACCAUCCUCAUUCUUUUCGACUGCAUUGUGUGGUUGUACUAGAGUUCAUUUAAACACAUCCCUCUGAUGAUCAAUUAGAUGCAUAAUAGCUUCAUUUGGAGACUGAGUGCCUUGUCCAUGCCACUGGGAAGUGGCAGAGCUGGGCUCCAUCCCCCUUCUUUCUGUGUCCAAAGCUGAGCCAUAACCACUAAAAUGUAAAUCAACACAAUUAAAAGGGUUUUCUUUAAAGUCAGAUGGAAAGUCAGUAUUACCCUCCACAUUUAUUCGUUCGGCCCACACUUAUUAAGAAUCUGCCAUGUGCCAUUACAGAUGUUGGGAAUCUCUUGGCUUCAGCUUUGCCUCAAGCCUCUGGCCUGUUGUCAAAUUUGUUGGCCAUUCCUCUUGCUCUUUCCUUUCCCCAGAAUUGGCACAGUUCUCAUGCCUUCUCACCCACUGCUCUACCUGAAAAAUUAAAGAUAUCUCUUCAUUUUUGUUCAUGUUUCUAUAUUAUUGACUAUAGAAUUAUAAGAACAAAAAGCAACCAUCGCAGAGCCAAAG